AAUUCAAGCGAGCUCUGGCGCUCAACGGCCGCUGCCUCCGGCCCCGCCCGCCGGCGCGUGAGGAGGCGUGGCCUCGCGGCAGCUUUUCCACCAUGAGCCACCACCCCCAGCACCGCGAGGUCCCACGGCGAGCGCAGCGCCCCCUCCCCAGCCCGGGCACCAAGCCCAGACCCGCCAAACCCCCCAGACCCAAACGGCUCCGCACCAAACGCGAGCGCGACGCCGCCAAGUUCGGCCCCAAGCCGCCCCCCGUGGGGGGCUCCCGCCCACCCUGGGUCCCCCACCGCUGGCUGCAGCCCCCCCAGCGCGGGGGUCUCGCUCUGGGCAGCCCCCUGGGCCCCCCCAAGCCCGUGGUGAUCACCCAACACCGCCUGUGCCACCGUGGCCUCUUCAACCGCGAGGUGAAAUCGCUGGACGUCCGCCGCCUGCUGACCCCGGGCCCCGCCGGGGACGGACCCCCAGCCCCGGCCCCCCGAACUGGGGAGGGGGCGCAGGGCGGGGGUCUCCCGGGCGAGGCGCUGGAGGAGCUGGUGGCGGGGCUGGCCUCGCUGCUGGGCGGCCUGGGGCUGUUUGUGGGGCGGGAUUUGGUCAGCGAGCGGCGCCGCAGCCUCGUGGCUGUGUUCAGGAAGCACCACCCGCGGGGACCCCCGGACCUGGGCGUGUUCCUGGCCCACCGGACCUCGGCCCAGCCCUCAGGUACUGCCCCCGACCCGAGGGGAGGGAGCUUUUCACCCCAAAAUAUUGUCCCCUUAAAUCAAGUGCUGUCUCCAGCAGGGACCCCCCGGGAAGAGGCAAGGCCGGGACCCCCAGGACGAGUGGUCAGUUUGGGGGGGUGGGAGGUGGGGGACCCCCCUGCUGGGACCCCCAGCCCACUUCAUGUUGGCCACACGGUGAGUGCCCCAAAAUGCCCCAAAAGUCUGCCCCCCCACACCCCCAGCCCCAUUUUUGGAGCUCUCCGAGAGCGGGAGAACCCUUUCUCGUGGAGCUCGGCCGAGGAUGAGGAGGAUGAGACCCCCGGGGGGCUCCCCCAGACCUGGGCUGGUCCCGGGGGGCUCCUGCCGCCGCCCCCCCUUCUGGAGAUCCCCCCAGUCUGGAGCCCGGAGCGCCGCAAGGCCCCCCCGGACCCCCCCAGGCCCGUGUGGGACCCCCCCAGACCCCCGUGGAACCCCCGACCCUGGAGCCCGGAGCUGCCCGCGGCCGUCCUGGACCCCCCCAGGCCCCCCCGGACCCCCCAGCUCUGGAACCCGGAGCCCCCCCGGGCCCCGCUGGAUGCCCCCAGACCCCCGAGGGACCCCCCGAGAUCCCACUGGGACCCCCCAGACGCCCCCAGGCCCCUCUGGGAUUCCCCAGAUCCCAGCCAGAGCCCCCCGCUCUGGAGCGCGGCGCCCCCCUGGGACCCCCCGGCUGCCCCCAGACCCUCACGGGACCCCCGCCCCUGGAGCCCGGAGCCGCCGGGAGCCCCCCAGGACACGACGGAACCGUCACGAUGCUGCUGCCGCCGCCGGCUCUGUCGCGACAUGGCCCAGCGCCGCAACCCGCUCUGCCACCAGCGCGCCGCCCGUCCCUGUCACGACCCUUUCCACCGCGCCCCGCCCCCUCUCUGUCGCGACAUGCCGUGUCGCGACCCCCCCCGCUGCUGCCACCAGCCCCCCAAGCGGCGCCGGCCCGACUGGGGAGGGGUCGGGGGGCGCCCCUGGGGAGGGGGCUCCUCCCCCUCGCCCCCCGUCCCGGGCGGCUGCGGGUGCGCCUGCAGGGGCGGCUGCUGGGCAGGCGCUUCCCGGUGA